AUGGAUGAUGGGCCUGGCUGCAGUAGCAGCCGCUCCCCUUCGGUCUUUUGCGGCCAGCAUUUGAAACCAGCGCGCACGAUCAGAGUGGGUGGUUCUACGGACGACCCAGAUUAUGUUCUGCAGACCGCCGUAAGCUCGGUUUCGCCACUCCUGGCAGCGUCCACGUCAGCGCCCGCCAUCAAAUCCUUUGACGUGGCAUCCGGCGCGUCCCUGGGUGACGUGGCAGCGCCCCACCCUGGCACGGUGACGGAUUUAGGGUUCGCGGAGGCGGCUUUCGGAGGGGCGGGGCCAGGAAAGGAGGUGUUGCUGUCGUCGUCGUCGGAAUCGGCGGUUUACGUUUGGGACGCGCGGGCUCGAUCGCAGGCGGCUGUGUUCCCCGCGCAUGGGGGGGCGCGCGAGCUAUGGAGCUGCAGCGGGGGAGGGGGGUCAACAGGUCACCUGCUGGCGGCAGGGGGCAACUCCCAGAUUCUCCUGUGGGACAUGCGGUCCAGCCGGCUGUUGGGGCGACUUGAGGACGCACACACAGAGGAUGUCACUCAGGUUCGCUUCCACCCUCUCCACCGCACUGCACUCCUCUCAGCCGCGCUCGACGGCCUGAUCUGCCGCUUUGACCUCUCUCCACCCCACGAGGCGUCACUCUCUGCCUCAGCAGUAACCACCCCAGCCGCAGCGGCAGAGCGUUAUGCGGAUUCCGACCCGCUCCAGUCAGUAAUAAGCCCUGGCACAUCCAUCUCCCGCAUUGGCUUCUUUGGCCCGUCUGUCUCUGCUCUUUGGUGCCUCACUAGCAUUGAGACUCUCAGCCUCUGGGAUGUCUGGACGGGCGAUCCCAUUGCAUCUUUUGACGACAUUCGGUCAACUCUCUCCGAAAAGUGGCCCCUUCAAGUCCCUGUGGAUUAUUUGAUAACAUGUGACUACUCCCCCUCACCCACCCCCCGCCUCCACCUUUUUGCCGGCUCCCACCUCGGUCAUGCAGCCUCCUUCCCCAUCUCCCUCCCCCCAAGCCUCACCAGUCCAUCCCACCCCUCGGGUCCCGCUACUGCUGCUGCCGCUGCUGAUACCCGUGAUAAUGAUGAUGAUGCCAUGAUGACAGAGCAUGCACAUGGCAGCAGCGCGAGCGUGCCACCUGGCAGCUGCCAGGUCAGCGGCCCCGACAUGCUGCUAUCCGGGGGUCAUUCAGGGGUGGUGAGGGAUGUGGUACGGUUUGCCCUUCCCAUGUCUCAUGCGGCGGGGUCUGGAGGGACAACUGUGGCUUUUUCGACAGGAGGAGAGGAUGGUUGCUUGUGCCAAUGGGAGGGUGUUGAGGGGCAGGAGGAGGAGGAGGGAGAGGAGGGUGGAGGAGUGAAGGGGAGCAAGCGGAAGGGCAAGGGGAAGGAUCGGUUCAAGCCGUACUAG